AUUGUAGUGAAUGCUUAUGGAUCCAUAGUUGAACACGAUGAAGACGAUGAAGGUCAUGUAAGGACCGAAACGUCUGAGCACGAGGUGAGAUUUUUUUGAAUUCGAGGUCUGAUUUGACUGUGAAAUUUUUCGAUUUCCCAAUCUAAUCUUUUGUGUAAUUUCUUAGGAAGCUCAGGCCAUAAAAUGCAACUGCAAAGGAAUGUGUUCUGGAAAGAAUGGGCGAGGAAGUUGUUUUUGUAAAGCUUCAAAUCGGCACUGCGGACCAUCUUGUGGCUGUAAUCCUACGAACUGUCGCAACAAGGUAUUGAACGGUUCCUCUAGGUUUUUUGGCUACUUUGUGACUAAAUUAACCUUUUUGAUUUAUUAGUCUUCAGAUGGUAAUGUUCAGCGAAGAGGAAACCGUGUGCAAGCUGCCGAUUCACAUGAAAGAGUGAGAGAGGCCGAUGGCGAGGUGCAAUUUCAGAACGAUCUCCAGACAACCGUGUCCGACAUCAAGGUAUGUUUUAUUAUAAUUUACAGCCAGUCAUAAAUAGCAGCGCAAUUAUUCGUUGUCGGACAAGCAAACGUCAAAACAAACCCCUACAAUGUAAUAAAAUGAACCCUGAAUUUUAAUAGCUAACCCCUAAAUAACUCGCUCAUUAUUAUUCUAGUAUUUUCCUCAUCGUACUUUCCUAUCUACCACAGACAUUUGUUACUUCCCUGGAUGACAGUCAGAAGGACCAGUUCCUGACUGAGUUGCUUUGUAUGGGUCGAGGUAGCCUGGACUUUGCUAAAAACUUACUUAGUGCUGCUGGAAACCCACCUUCACCUCCAGGAAAUGCAGUCCUUCAGUGGUGCAAAUGUCGUCGUUGUUGCCCCAUGGAGACUGACAUGGAAAAUGUAUGUUGUAAAAGGGUCAACUGCAUAACACAGUUGAACACGUUUUCUAAUAUUUGUUUGGAUAGGGACGUUCUUGAAGUUUGUAUAAAAGCCAGAUGUGAUUUUCGUUCGGAUGAAUUUGAUUUUACCAUGGAAAGUUUCCGCAAAGCUGGGUACAGGCAGUACAUUAUGAGGAGAUUUGGAAAGCUAGGGCGUGGGAACAGGAGAGUAGUGCCUUCAUGUGUUGUACUGGCCAUACGACAUGCGUUUCCUUCUGCAGAUAGGCGAUACAUGGGAUUCAGGAGCAGUUAG